AUGGACAUUGAGGCAUACUUUGAAAGAAUUGGUUAUCAGAACUACAGGAAUAUACUGGACUUGCAAACAUUAACUGAGAUUCUUCAGCACCAGAUACGAGCCAUUCCCUUCGAGAACUUGAAUAUCCAUUGUGGGGAACCCAUGGAGAUGAGCUUAGAGGCUGUUUUUGAUCACAUUGUGAGGAAGAAGCGGGGUGGGUGGUGUCUCCAGGUCAAUCAUCUUCUCUACUGGGCUCUGACCAUGCUAGGUUUUGAGACCACAAUGCUUGGAGGAUGUAUUUAUAUCUCUCCAGCCUGCAAAUAUAGCAAGACCAUGGUUCACCUUCUACUACAGGUGAUCAUCCGUGGCAAAAAAUAUAUAGUAGAUGGUGCAUUCCCAUUUUCCUGCCAGAUAUGGGAGCCUCUGGAAUUAAUUUCUGGGAAGGAUCAGCCUCAGCUGCCUGCCACCUUCCGCUUAACAGAAGAGAAUGGAAUUUGGCAUCUGGGUCAAAUUAAAAGACAAGAAUAUGUUCCAAACAAAGAAUUCAUUGAUUCUGAUUUUCUUGAGAAGAACAAACACCGGAAAAUCUACUCUUUUAUUCUUGAACCUCGAACGAUUGAAGACUUCAAGCCUGUGAGUGAGCACUACAAAGUAGCUCCAACAUCCGUGAUGGUGAACACAUCACUUUGCUCUCUGCACACCCAAGAAGGGGUUCAUGGCUUAAUAGGCACUAUUAUUGCCUAUAAGAAGUUCAAUUAUGAGGAUGAUGUAGAUCUGGUAGAGUUUAAGAGUCUGAAGGAAGAAGAAAUAGAAGAAGUUCUGAAGAGUGUAUUUGGCAUUCACUUGGAAAAAAAACUUGUGCCCAAACGUGGUAGUGCUUUUUUUACUAUUUAG